AGUGGGGACAGCUGAAAGCCAUCCAGAAGACUCGUCGCACGAGAUGGAGAAUAACAGCAAAAGUAGCAAGGAUGUCCUGAUGAUGGAGGCACCCCCGGUGAGUCUUUCUCCACGUGGGACUGAGUUCCUGCUCCUGCAGGAUUACACGGCCUCCCCCCGGCUCCCCGGACUACCUUGCAAGAAGCUCUUGAUCGUCGUGGUGGUAGUGGUGGUGAUCGUUUUGGUUGUUCUGGCUUUUGGGCUGAUGGGGCUGAGUAUCACGGAGAAGCACACGGAGACAGUUCUGCAAAUGACCAUCCAAGGCCUGGAUGGGGAGGUCUCCCCACAGCACCUUUCCAUGAGCAGGAAGGAGAGGCUGGCCACCUUCCACGUCAGCAGGGUCAACUCUUCGGCCACCGUGGUGUAUGAUUACAGCAACCUCCUGAUUGGCUACAGAUCUUGGCCAGGACAGUCCUGCUACAUCACCAGAAUGAAGAAGGAAAACAUCCAGAGCCUGGAUGCUGCUGUCAAGGUGUUCCAGAAUACCCAGCCCAGGCCUCCGGCGUCACCCCUUAAAGAGAACGAGGAGGGAACAGAAGGGCUCCCGGUGCCACUGGCUGACCGUUCUAUCCUGGGUACCACCAUCAACAUCCUCUGUAGCAGCGUCCCCAUCUACUGGGCUUAGAGGAAGAGAGAUGGGUGAGAGAAG